ACCCGCCAGUUUUGUUUUACAGACGCCGAUCGAGGGGGUCAGAACUUGUUGGACAUUUUGAGACGAUCACAGCAACAUCGUUGACGGGGAGAGUUGUAUCCGUCAUAUUCUGAGAAUGAGGACUUGGCCGUUGUUGCUUGUCGUCACGGCUGCCGUUGUGGCGGUCGUGUUUGCAGAGGAGGAUGAUCAAAGUCAUCAUCUGACAAAGCGUAGUCGAUCACGCGAACGUAUGGAUUACGGGUGCAUGGACUGCUUUGGCCGAGGCAGUCGAGAAGGUCGUCGGUACGGAGGCCGCAGUCGCGGAGGUUACAGUCAUGGAGGUCAUAGUAGUGAUAGUAGUGAUAGUAGUGAUAGUAGUGAUAGCAGUGAUAGUAGUGAUAGUAGUGAUAGUAGUGAUAGUAGUGGAGGGCGGAGUCGUGGAGGAAGACGCAGCAGGGGUCGACAUAGUCGAGGUCGUAGUGGAGGGAGAAGCAGAGGUGGCCACUGGUCGGAGUCAGACGGGUACGAUAACGGUGGACAACCAUCUUGCAGGUGCCCGUUCCAGUUUCAAGGUCAACAGGGAUGGAGCCAAGGACCACAGUUUGGUUCAGUAGGCUACGGGCGUCAAGGCGGACACAGUGACGGAUACUACCGUCAGUGGAACAGAGCUUUCUCCACCCACCCCUGCUGCGGAGGUAGGUAUGGCAACAUCACCUUCCUUCAGACAACACAAGAAUCUCGCCAGGGCCCGGUAGCGUUUUAAACAGCACUAACACUGCCAAUAAGGUGUUGAGCUAUGACGUCUUCAAUAAACAUUCACCUGAGAAA